GAAUGCACAAAGGAGAGGUGAUUUGCUGCAAGGAGUCAUUAACCCUACUUGCAUGAUGUUUUGGGUAAUGAUUAAUCAAAUUGGAUUUUGGAAAACAAGCAGUAAAGUACAGUCACUCUAACCUUGACUAGGUUGUCGCUGUGUUAACUGGUUAGGAGUGGCAACAUCCACAGUCUGAUGGGUAAACCCCUCAAGUCUCCUUAUUUGCAAAACACAGAGUGGAGAGCGAGGCAGUGGGCCAAGUCAGAAUCCACCGAAACAGCUUGGUGAGGAAACCUGCUUUAAAAGAGAAUAUUGGACCAAUUAGUAAGAAAAUUGAUCUGCAUGGCUGCAACAAGAUUUUGGGGAGUGCUGGACUGCAUUUGCAGAAUCCUGGGGAUUAUAACUGCUGCAGUUCUUCUAGGAGUGGGGAUAGACACUGCAGUUCAAGGGCAGUUCAUGAAACUGGCUGCUUAUUUGCUAUUUGCUGCCACAGUCCUCAUCAUUUUGGAAAGCCCGUAUUUCAUUGGCAUUGUGUUCGUCCAAAACUGUCCCAUAUUCUUUGAUAAAAUGGACAGCAAGAUUUGGAAUCUUUGGAAGAAGGCAAUGAGGCCGAAUGGUUUACAGAAGUUUCUUAUUUUCAUCUUUCUGUCCGUGGCUUGCUUUUUACACCCAAUUCUUAUUUGGCAUGCAACUAUCCCAGGCGCCAUGUUGAUAGUGAGUGGUCUUGCCUACUUUUUUUUGAACCUGAGAAAACGGUAUCAAAGGAACAUGCCGGAGGUGGCAAACAUACAGGUAUGUUCCCAGGACUAUAUCAACGCCGUGGCCCUGACAGAUGCUGGGCAGAUGGAACAAACCUACCGCUUCCAUCAUGGCACCGCAGAGAAGAAAUUAGCUGGCAUCAGCUACAUGUGUAACAUCUUUCGAUUCAACAGCAAAAGGCCACUGUCCAAUGAAAGUGUACGGACGCUUCAAGAAAGCACUUUUGGCAACCUGAGCAUACAUCUGAAGAACAAACACGCACCGUUUCUGGAAAGUUCUGUUAAAAUUAUCCCACCUGAGCCUAAUAGCCUGGAAGAGCAUGAAUUGGAAUCAGAAGAAACCACCUUUGACAAAGCAGCAAUAAUACCAAAGUGAGGGUUUAUUCCACAAUGUUGGUGUGUAUUCACAUUCCAAAACACGCCGUUGUGAUUGAAUACGGACAUCAACAUUUUUAUGACUGCAAAGUAUCUGCCGAAAGAAAGCUUUGUUUUCCUGUAGAGCCUUUCACAUAUCCACGAUAGCUGCAAAUGAUUCACAGCCACUGAUUUACAUCUUGAAGUGUCGUCACUGCUGUUUUGAUGCCAAACACUGCCAUUUGUGCACAGCAAGCUCCCACAAUAAGAUAAGUCAGCAGUUGGCCUUCUUUUGGUUGUGUUGUUUGGACGAUCAGUGGCCAGAUCACCAUGAGCAAAGGCAUCAUUUUAUAUUUGACUGAACCAUCUUGGGGCUUCAGAUUAAUGCCUUACUUGAUAGACUUUGACAAUGCAACGUCCCCUCAAUACUGCAACCAAAUUCAGGAGUAGGGUUUGAAGGAUUACUUUUUGACUCUGGAUGGCGUUGACACUUGUCACCAAUGGCACUGGAUAUUUAUUUGUAUAAACAAGAUUGUGUGAUUCACUAGGGACUUGAAGGUUGCAUCCCAGCAGUGGGGUACAGGGUGCAAUGGAGAAUGGUGCCUAGUGAAAGCAAAGUAACUCUCUAUGGGACGGGGAGUGUCAGAGCAAGAUCAUAAACCUGUAGCAGUAAUUCAGUCUCAUGUGACAGGUUUAGAUUAGCAAUGCAUUCAUGCAAUACAUUCACACAGUGUAACUGCGAAGAAAGACAAAGGGAUUUCAUAAUCACUGCGAUACAGACUAAAAGGGCAGUGAUUGUCACAAUCUGUAGUGAAGUCAUAAGCACAUGACUGUUAAAUGCAUUUACAAUCUCGCCAUGUAUAAUGGUGAGAACAUGUCUUAUCAUGUCCUUUGCUAAAGGAGAAAAAUGGGGACAAUUCGCUGGAUAAUUUUGGCCAAUGAUUGUACUGCUAAAUGUGAAAGGGUUAACAGUAAGAUCACUUUUUUUGUUACUGGUGUAUUGUUACCCUUUUUGAAUCCUUUUUUGUGUUUCAUCCCCCACCACUCCCCUUUUUAAUCAUUCACACACAGAAAAAAAGAAAUUGUUCUACUUAUAUUACCAAUGAAAAAACUGUUUGCCUUGUUCCGUAAGAGCCCAUUUCAGAGAUGGCUCUCAUUGCCAUUCAUUUGGAACCUGAGAAGACAGGAGCAGGAGGAGGCCAUUCGUGGUCAUGGCUAAUCACGCAACUCAGUCCCCUGUUCCCACUUGUGCGGUAUAUUGCGGAUUUUCUCCCCCACUUGGGACAACGGAGUUUACUUCACCUUCCUGUCCCUCUGUCCUGCAGUAGCUCGUGCUACCCAGCCUGGCCUUAUUCCCUUCUCCCAUGCAUCCUUCAAACUAAGGGAAAUCCCCAAUGAGAUGCUAAUGGUCAAACAUUCCCUUUCUUCUGCUGGUUCCUAUAAGGAAUUCAAUAAGUAGCACAGCACUUACGCCCUUUAGGUAAAGUCCUCAAAUAAUUUCCAAAAUAAGUGCCAAUAGAAUUAUGGCAAAAGUACCAAGUCUCCCAAAGGCUUUUUCAAAAGUUCUCUUCAAGCACCUGAGGCAACUGAAAGCUUAGAAGGUGGUAUAUCUUCAGGUAACAUUCCCAACAAUGACUAAUGUCCUUCUAUUUGAGUAUUGGGGUACCCAAAACAAUAUGCAGCCUUUUUAGUGAGUGCUACCGGUUAAUUUAAUUGUCAAUGGAUCCUCAAUGAUCCUCCGGGCAGCCCUUUCAAACACUGACUUCAGCUCCCUUCCAAGAUGGGGUCUUGCAUGAACAUGGACUAAAUCUCCAUUUCAUCACUUCAGCAUCUAAAGAUACUGGAGCAAUCACACUCACCCCUCUUCUCCGACCCCCUGGUGGGUUAGUACUGUCAUAGAUGCCCACACUGUUGAAAAUUACAUCCAUGGGCUGUUUAUAAUGGGUCUAACAUAGCUCUAACAUAUCAGAUUCACCACAGCAGUAUAUCAAGGGCAGUAUGACUCCUCCCAAUGAAUUCAGUCCUUAUGCUCCAACGGUUGGUUCCAAUAGAAAUAUUUGCAACCUGAUUAAUGUUUAGAGUGUUCCUUUGAAGGUCAUUGGUAAGUAUAAAGACACGGAGUUGGAUUUUCCUAUGGGGUUAUGAAAUGGAAGUCUGGGCUAUUUUUGACUUCCAACCUUGCCUUGGAGGUGCCAGGUAACAAUGGCAAAGGCUGGUGGAUCAGUUCUUGAAGAUGGAGGACCAGUCUCAUGCCUCAUGGCCCACUUCUCAUUCCACUAAAGCAGCCAGCGUCAUAACUUAUUAAAGUGUGUAGAUGAACUAAAAGGUAAAGUCACCAUAGCCAUACCAGACUAUAGAGCUACGCUCUCAUUAGUGAGAGAUAACUGGUGGUGGUUUCUAAUCAACCAGUUCAGAGGUGUUAUUACAUCCUCUCUGGAGCAGGUGGGAAU